AUGGUCCCCAACUCUCCUACUGAUGUAAUCUUUCGACAUCACCAGGGUGCCCCGCCACCAACCACGUGUUGCGGGACCGUCGGAAUCAUUGCAGGCCCUCGCGCCGUCUAA